UACCUUAAAAACAGAAAAAAUGAAUACUGUUCUAAUAUUCUCAUUCGUUGUCGUUUUGGUGAUAGUAAGUGUUGAAGCUCAGGAACAAUGCGGCCGGAUACAGUGUGCCACAAAUAAUUGUUGCAUAAGAGGUAGAAGAUGCCAACCACUUCGAACACUGGGACAAAUUUGCGCCAUACGUAACCGACCACCUACUAGAGUUUGUCCUUGCCGCUCUGGAUUGGAGUGCACGGGAAAUAUCCUAAAAAGAUGCACCACAGCAGUGGUUGCCACCACGCCAGAAAAAGUUGAGUCCUCAUCAUCACCAGACAACGUAGAGACUUCAUCAUCACCAAACAACGUUGAGUCCUCAUCACCAGACAACGUUGAGUCCUCAUCACCAGACAACGGUGAGUCCUCAUCACCAAACAACGUUGAGACCUCAUCAUCAUGAAGCUCAUCAAUGAGGAUGAUUUCAGCGAAGAAGAUGCAUCCCAGUGAGCAAGGUACCGAUGAUGGUGAUCCAAUAUAAUGUCAAAGAUGAUGUUCUUUUGCUUGGAACGCACUGAAUUUCACUUGAGGAAACAGCACAAUGACUGAUUUUAUUGUAUUUUUUUCAAAAAUAAAUGACAGUUUAAAAAUAAAUAGCAUU